CAUCACUGUUCACGUGACCAAUUUUCGUCUACGUGUUCAAUGUGAAUGCCAAAAAGUAGAAAGUACCGUAAACUUUUUGUAGGGAGUGUGUAACGUGUUAUUUGUGUUUCGGUGUUCAUGAAUUAAAGAACACUCAUUUUUUCAAAUCCUGUGUAUUAGUGUAUCCCUUUAAGUAUGGGGAUUAAAUUUUUGGAAGUUGUUAAACCCUUCUGCAGUAUUCUGCCAGAAAUUGCAAAACCAGAACGAAAGAUUCAAUUUCGAGAAAAAGUACUAUGGACUGCAAUUACCUUAUUUAUCUUCUUAGUCUGUUGUCAAAUACCAUUAUUUGGCAUUAUGAGUUCAGACUCAGCUGAUCCAUUUUACUGGAUUCGUGUAAUCUUGGCUUCUAACAGAGGUACAUUGAUGGAACUGGGAAUUUCACCAAUUGUUACUUCAGGACUUAUAAUGCAAUUAUUGGCAGGGGCAAAAAUUAUAGAAGUUGGUGAUACUCCUAAAGACAGAGCCUUAUUCAAUGGAGCACAGAAAUUGUUUGGAAUGGUAAUAACUGUUGGACAAGCCAUCGUAUACGUGAUGACGGGAAUGUAUGGAGAUCCAGCUGAAAUAGGAGCAGGAGUUUGUCUUUUAAUUAUUAUUCAACUUUUCGUUGCCGGCUUGAUUGUACUUUUACUUGAUGAGCUUUUACAGAAAGGAUAUGGUCUUGGUUCUGGUAUUUCUCUUUUUAUUGCCACGAACAUUUGUGAAACAAUUAUUUGGAAAGCAUUCUCGCCAACGACGGUUAAUACUGGUAGAGGCACGGAAUUCGAGGGUGCAGUUAUUGCAUUAUUCCACCUGUUGACCACCAGACAAGAUAAAGUCCGAGCCCUCCGCGAAGCAUUCUAUCGUCAAAAUCUUCCUAAUUUAAUGAACUUACUCGCCACUGUUCUUGUUUUUGCAAUUGUAAUAUACUUUCAAGGGUUCAGAGUCGAUUUGCCUAUUAAAAGUGCAAGGUACCGAGGACAGUACUCAAGUUAUCCCAUCAAACUCUUUUACACUUCUAACAUCCCAAUAAUAUUGCAGUCUGCCCUUGUUUCAAAUUUAUAUGUUAUCUCUCAAAUGUUGGCUGUUAAAUUUCAAGGCAAUUUUUUGGUUAAUUUCUUGGGGGUUUGGGCAGAUGUUGGGGGUGGUGGACCAGCACGUUCUUACCCUAUAGGAGGCUUGUGUUAUUAUUUAAGCCCCCCUGAAAGUGUUGGCCAUAUUCUUGAGGACCCCGUUCAUGCUGUACUCUACAUAAUUUUCAUGUUAGGAUCCUGUGCAUUUUUUUCGAAAACGUGGAUCGAAGUGUCCGGAAGUUCAGCUAAAGACGUUGCUAAACAACUCAAAGAGCAACAGAUGGUUAUGAGAGGACACAGAGAUAAUUCGAUGAUUCAUGAAUUGAACAGGUACAUUCCAACUGCUGCAGCAUUUGGCGGUCUCUGUAUCGGAGCCCUGUCAGUUUUGGCAGACUUUUUGGGGGCUAUUGGUUCUGGUACUGGUAUCUUAUUGGCUGUCACUAUUAUCUAUCAAUAUUUUGAGAUAUUUGUCAAGGAACAAAGUGAAAUGGGCGGCAUGAGUGCGUUGCUGUUUUAAGUGAACGCGUUAUUGUUGGACACUUCGAGCCUUUUCUCGAAAAAUCGCGGAAUAUUGUAUUUCUUGUGAUUGAUCUCCCGCGAGAUCGUUUCCCGUGACUUUACAGAAAUAAGUUCGUUAAUUGUAACGUGUUGUAGCGAAUUUAGGAUAGUAAUAAAGUUUUUUAUAUAGAAAUUAUUUAAAAUUCGCAUCCACUCACACUAUAAUUUAAGUAAAUGUUACGUAAUUGAUACUGUCUUGUUUAUUUAAAUGAAUAUAUUUUCAUAAAGAA